GUCGCUGAGAAGGCAUCAGAGGCUCGAGUGCGGGGUCGAACCGAGACAGAGCUGUCCGAUUUGUGGCAAGAAGUUCAUGCACAGGGCUUCUGGCGACGAUGUUGCUGACGCAGGACGCGCAACAGCCGCACGAAAACAGCGACGCGGUCUGGGAUCACAUGGCUUUGUUAGGGAUGCCGUACAAACCGACCAGAAGAAGGACCAACUCGAAGGACAACGAUCAAAAAUACAUAUGCAACAGAUGCGGGAAAACGUAUAAAGCUACCACGUCUCUCAGUCGUCACAAACGACUCGAAUGCGGCGUGAUACCUUGCGAGGUUUGUCCGAUUUGCGAUCGAAGAUUCAAGCACCGAUUCGUCUUGAAUUCGCACAUCAUCGGAUGCCAGAGAAAACUGCAAAACGUCUCUCAGAAGAGCACCGAUCCGCUCUCGUUUCCCGAGGAACGAGAGUAGCAUCUAGACGUUUCUGUUUUCAGCCUCUUUCGACGAUAUAAUCGACGCGAGUAUCUCUCUCGACGAAUUCUUUCUUUCCGCGGUUUCCACCAAAUUCCCGAACUCGAUUUUUCCGCCAUCCCAUCCGAUACCCGUUCUCCCGCUCGUAACUACGAUUCACGUUUAUUCGUAAACGCGCGUUUACGAAUCGAUUCGAGUUAUCGACGCGUCAUCGUCGUCGUCGUCGUCGCCGUCGUCGUCGAAGAGAGAAACGGAAUAGAACAGUACGAACGCUCGUAGGGAUUACGUAUACGAUGUAUUAACGUCUCGUCGGUUACAGUGGUACCAGUGUUACAGUGCUUUUUUUUCUCGUCGAUAACGAAAGCAUUUCCUGCCCUUUGUAUUCCGUUGUUUUAUAUGUAUUGAUAAAUAAACGAAUUUUAACGAUGAAACGUGGUUUGUCUGCGCUGCCGCGCGCGAUCCACGACGAAACGCGCCCCUUGCGAUCUUUGCCUCUCGUUCUCUUCAUCUUAGCUAGUACGUCUCUUCGAAACACUUUUUCCCCGUACCUUCAGGUAUUUCCUCACUGUCACCUGUUGCCACCAGUUCACCAGUGUGUUACUU